AAAAAAAAAAAAAAAUAAUUCCUUUUCCAAUCCUCUGUCAAACUAUCAAAACAUGCACGUGUAGAAAAUAAUAAAAAAUGCGUAUUGAAACUUGUUAUUUCUGCUCGUCCAGGAUAUAUCCCGGUCACGGAAUUCAAUUUGUUAGAAAUGACUGCAAGAUUUUCAGAUUUUGCCGUUCAAAAUGCCACGCAGCGUUUAAAAAGAAGAAGAACCCGCGUAAAACUAAAUGGACUAAAGCCUACCGCAAAACAGCUGGGAAGGAACUUGCUAUUGACCCAUCGUUUGAAUUCGAAAAACGCCGUCACAUACCUGUGAAAUACAGUCGAGAACUAUGGAACAAGACCAUUGAAGCUAUGAAAAAGGUGGAAGAAAUAAGACAAAGGAGAUCGAAUAACUAUAUAAUGCAAAGAUUAAGGAAGGGGCGCGAAGUGGAGUGGCAGAGGGAUGUACGUGAAGUUCAAAGAGAUAUAUCACUUAUAAGAUCUCCAGCAGCCGGUCUCAAGCAACGACAGGCGGAAGAGGAUAACACGAUGGAAGUUGAACCCGAGACCAUAGAAGUUGUAGACUCCAAGGGUCGUAAACAGAUCAUAGAGGCACCCGUCAUGGUGCCAGCUGUCGGAGAAAUGAUCGAAGAUGGUGGAGAUGUUGAAUUAUAAGCUUCAAAAACUAAACGUGAAAGUUCUUAUUUCUCUGUCAUAUUUAUUUGUUGAAAAUCAUAACGUCCAGAUUGUGUUGAUGAUAUUUAUAAAGUUAUUACUUUAUAAUAUAAAAAUAUCAUGAAAUUA